ACGAAGAACGGGAGAGUUUACAAAAGCGAAAAGACGAGUAGUAACGGUAAAACAACAAAAACUAGUACAACAAUUAAUUUAUGUGUUUUCUAGGGCUUAUAUCGUUUUAACGCACUUAAUAAACACACGCCGACCAUGCAUUUGCACGGACGAUUCGCAUAAGAAUAUCCGAAAUGGCGGGAAUAGCUACCGUUUUCCUAAUUUGGCGGUGGGCUAUUGCGCAAUGCCUUUUUUCCGCUUAAAUCCACCCUCGUUAAUAAAUCCUGAACAGCCAAUCAGAGAACGCGGCCAAAUGACGAGAUAAGUUACGUCACAUGCAGAGAAAGGUGCCUCGGUGUAAUAAAUAGCGAGGAAAUCGUUUUGAUAAGUUAUUAAGUCGGAAUUGUGAGGUGUGAACGAUUGGGCUGCAUUGGAAGCUUAAAAUUAAGAUGGAAAUCGUAAGCUGCGGUUACAAGUCAGUUGUGACAAUAGUUACAAACAAUGAUUAUGACGGGCCAGUACAAGGCGUGAACAACUUUGUUUCAAACCGAAUUUUUCUCUCGGGGUUUGACGAUCAAACGACCGAAUACGAAAUCAAGAAAGCUUUCGCAGAAUUCGGCACAAUAACACAAACGAAGUUAAUGAAACCGCCAGGAAAACGGCCAUACGGAUUCCUUACGUUUGAGGAUUCGUCAAGCUGCAAACGAGUUCUAAAAUUAAAGGAUGAAAUGCUUUUCUGCAUAAGAGGGCGAGACGUGCAGAUAUGCCCUGCGUGGUAUAAGCCCAAAAAAUCCGGGCCAACAUUUGAAAAUACAGUGGUGGCUCCAGCCAGUACGGAACAACCACCUGUUCGAUAUGUCAUUUUAAACGGGACGACUUACUUCAUAACAAACAGCCCACUUCCAACAUAUAACAUUCAACAUCAGGCACCUGCAGUUUACAACUUCGCGCAAAACAACAUGUUUUCCUUCCCCCAACCCCCACCACCAUCAUACAUGCCAAUGUCGCCUAUAUAUUCCUAUGGAGUUCCAGAUUACGGAAUGUUACCAGGACCCCCCAAUGCAGUUCCAUCGAAUGCAACAUUUUAUUCUCCUUUUGUUUAUCAUUGACUUAUAUGCUGUUGGUAUAAUGUUGUCGCUAUACUGAAUUAAAAAUGAUCAUUGUAUUUGUUA